AUGACUUACCAGAAGAACCAGCGUUUGUACCGAUGGAACCUACAGAAACAACUCUGUUUUGAGGAAUGUGCCAUUACACUGAGUAAUUUUGUCGGAAGAGAUCGCGCGUUGUUCGCCUCACAUGCCAAGUGCCUCAGAGCUUUUGUACAAGAAUGUUUUAUUCGCAAACCAGUAUCUCUACGGAACCUGACGUCAUUGAAGCGUAAUCAGUGCAUGUUACCAUCUACGUACGAUCUGUCGGCAGUUACUCUAGCCUCUGGAAGACCUCGGCAGAUAUCAUUGCGUGGAGGAAUGCCUGCUGAAAUUAUUUGCCAACCAUCUGACAUGCUUAAUCCAAAAGGGUGA